ACUCAUACACAUGGGGAGGGGGCGUGGUGGACAAUGCUACACCACGUGACAACGGCUGGCAGCGGAGCCGGGGAUGUGAGUGAGAAAGCGGCAGAUCCAACGGGGACCCCGGAGAGAGAGGACGCACCGGGGGCCGCCACUGCCACAGGAGAACUUUUUAUUGCAACGCCUGCUCCAAGGGACUAUGGAAAAAGUUAUGAACUGUGCAGAGGAACAAAGCUGCUUCUGUCUGACUGCGGUGCUGCAGUAAUCAGGUAUUUCUCCUACUGUCCUGACAAGCUUUGCUGACGUCACCCUUUGUGAAGAGAAAGAAAUAGAGAUAGAAGACAAAAAGCUUUUUUGUAUCAAAAGUUCUAUCUGUGUGCAGCAAUGUUCUUGCAAAGAAGCUUUUAUAUGUUGACACAGUGCCCAUUGUGGGUACAUGGGAAGACUGUAGAGAAGAGAUGCAUUGCCGUACAAGCCGGAGACAAGAUACAGAGAUAAACUAUUAAAUCCUCCACUGAAUUUAACUGGAAACGGACACCACCCGUUGGCUCGCGUUGUGAAUUGUUGUGGUUUUAUUUAUUGUACGCAUGCGUGUAUAUUUUUAUCCUUCAUUUGUAUGAUUUUAUCACUUUUGAUACCAAUUCUGGUGGUCCUAGCUAUCACACGAGCUGAACGUUUUUGGCAGCAUAUGCAAAACUCUCUUUAUUGGGAUAAAGUUGAGAAGAUCUGGUCUAUACAUUUCAUGCUGUAACGAAACUAAAAGGUAGAUGCAAGCUGUUAAGUUUUAGAUUUUUUUUUCUUUUAAAAUUUAUUUCCUGAUGGCUGCACCUUACCGGGUGAUUGUGAGCAAAAUCACAUGUUAUAAUAAUGUAGUUUUGGACAACAGUUUGCAGAAUGUAAUUCAUUACUGUCCAGGAAGUUGCCAGGCCCACCGGCUGGGAGUUCAGUGCCUGGUUGCCCAUCACACGGUGUGCUCAGAACUUCUCAAAGCUCCUGAGACGGCCCCAGCUCAUGGCGGAGAUGCUACAAAUAAAAUUGGAGUGGGUGCGAGUGUCAUUUGUGAUGAGGAUUACGCUCAUCUCAACCCUAAGGUCAAAAAAGUGUCUACCGUUCAGAGUACUGGCAGUCUGAAAGACAUAACCGGUGAGGCUAUAAAUCUUGCUAGUGGAAAAACCAAGGAGUUUUCCUUUGAAAAGCUAAAGAACACUUCAAACCAGCAUGUUAAUCUCAGGAAAGGUCGAAAAGUCCGUCCAGAGUCUUUUAGCAGAAAGUCUGCGGACUAUGAUUUUAUAUACGGUCAGUUCGGUAACAAUGAGAACUGUCCUCCUUUUGGCAUGUUACAAGCUCAGGAAUCAGAGGAAAAAGCGUUAAUGCCCCACAGCACAUCUUUAGAACAGAGCAUUAAUAGCAUGGCCUCGUUGUAUCUGCAAGGUAUAUCAGAAGAGAACCUCAUAAACCAGAUUUUGAAGAAGCACAUGCUUGAUAAUUCAGGAUCUGGCGAAGACAUAAAAAUGUGCCUGGACAUUUUGCUGAAAUGCUCCGAGGACCUGAAGAAAUGCACCACCAUAAUUAAGCAUUGCAUCAAAAAUAGAUCGGUUGGUGGGAACAGUAGCACUAUAGGAGAGGGAAAGGGUACAGAUCCUUUUCCAAAUCCCGAGAUAAUUUACAUGAAUGUGAUGGCUAGACUGUCCUCCUACCUGAAAAAGCUUCCUUUUGAACUGGAACAAGGACCUCAUGAAAGAGCUGAACCUAAUGAUUUGGCUGAAUUGGUUAAAAGCCUUAACAGUCUACAGCAACAUUCAUUUUCUCCAAUAUAUGGUCACGAACAGCCGCCUAAAUAUGAAGAUGUUGUACAGUCACCACCUUCUUUGAAAGCUAUUUCUUCAUCCACCAGUGAAGCUAAUGGAUCAAGUCCACAAAGCACCAGUGCCAAUGCUGCUGCUGCAGUUAAAUCAGUACCAGAAAUUGCUCCUCCACUACCGGCAAAGACUUGGCAAAGGGGCAACAAACAGAAUCAUUCAGGUUCUUUAAGAAAACAUUCUGCAAGUUCUCCGCAAAUCAGUCCUCAAACACAACAUUCUGAAAGUGUUGCAGAGAAGUUUCCCAGAAACUCAGCAGAAAAACUUUUUAUAGAAGAGGAUUCAGAUUCACAAAUUACAAUUGGUAAUCAGAAAAAUUCACCAAGCGGUGGUGUGGCAGGAUUGUCAGAGAGUAAGUACUGGUCAGCUGAAAGCUCUAUCCCUCCUAAAUUGACCAGUGCCCACGUCCCUGUUGAGAAGAAUUUAAUUUUCUCUGCUAGUCCUUCUGUACCCUACUCUAGCAGCGGAAAUGCCAGAACUGUUGUGCCUCUCUCAAAUGUGAGUAAAGUAGCUCCAACCACAGCGAGAAGGACCAAUGACCAUGAGGAAAUUGACAAGUUGCUUUUGGACUUAGAACGCUUUUCUCAGAAAAUCGAGAGCACGUUAAAAAAUCCACCAAUUCCCACACCAGCACCUGCCAAAGUACAGUAUGGAUUGCCUGUUCUCAAGGAGGAGCUCAAUGCACAAUCUAGCUCAUCAGCACAUGCAAAGGAAAGCACCACAAAUACUAUAGAGGAUGAUGACAACCUUUUGCUGCGAAUAUUGGGCAGCAUUGAGGACUUUGCACAGGAGCUUGUUGAUUGGAGAUCAGGUAGAGGGACCUUAUCCAAGCAGAAGGAAGUUAUGCAGAUCCUCCAGGAAACCUUAGUUCCCCAGUCUCCCUUGCCCUCACCAAGUUACUACAGUCAAGUCAAGGAUUCUGGCUCCACUAUGUCAAUUCAGCAGACGCCUGAAGUCAUCAAGGUUCAAAACAAACAAGAGAAGAAGCCAGGGACACCGCCUCCUGCCCCUGUCAGUGCUCCCGUAAUUCCUCGCCCAGCCUCCCCACCACCCGCCAAUAAAGUCACAGUUGCUCCUUCCCUGUCCAUAAACAUUCCACGAUUUUACUUCCCCAGAGGACUGCCUAACCCUGGUUCCAACAACGAGGACACAAUAUCUGUGAUAGAAGCAGCGUUCUCUAGUAUAGAGGAUGAAAAGGCUGAUAUCUAUGAGAUGGGGAAGAUUGCCAAGGUAUGUGGUUGUCCGCUGUACUGGAAGGCUGCACUGUUCAAUGGAGCUGGAGGAGAGAGGACCGGGUUUGUGUCUGUGCAUUCAUUUAUUGCAACGUGGAGAAAGUUGCUACAGAACUGCCACGACGAUACUUCCAAAUUCAUUUACCUUUUAGCAAAACCAGGUUGCAGUUACUUAGAGCAAGAAGACUUCAUCCCCCUGCUCCAGGACAUAGUGGACACACACCCUGGAUUAACCUUUCUGAAGGAGGCGCCAGAAUUUCACUCCCGGUACAUCACUACGGUUAUUCAGAGAAUAUUCUACACUGUGAACAGGUCAUGGUCUGGCAGAAUCACUCCCACCGAGCUACGCAGAAGUAAUUUCCUGCAGACACUGGCUCUGCUGGAGGAAGAAGAUGACAUUAACCAGGUGACAGAUUACUUCUCCUAUGAACACUUCUACGUCAUCUACUGCAAGUUCUGGGAACUGGACACUGACCAUGACCUGUACAUUGACCAGAAAGACCUGGCUAGAUAUAAUGACCAUGCCUCUUCACACAGAAUAAUUGAGAGGAUAUUUUCUGGAGCGGUUACACGAGGGAAUGCCGUCCAGAGGGAAGGGAGGAUGAGCUAUGCUGAGUUUGUGUGGUUCCUGAUAUCGGAAGAGGACAAGAAAAUCCCAACCAGCAUUGAGUACUGGUUCCGCUGCAUGGACUUGGAUGGAGACGGGGUAUUAUCCAUGUAUGAACUGGAGUAUUUCUAUGAAGAGCAGUGCGAGAAGAUGGAGACUAUGGGCAUCGAGCCGUUGCCCUUCCAGGACCUGUUAUGUCAGCUAUUAGACCUGGUGAAGCCAGAAGUGGAAGGUCGGAUAACGCUGAGAGACCUGAAACAAUGUCGAAUGGCUCAUAUAUUUUAUGACACCUGCUUUAACCUUGAGAAGUAUCUGGACCAUGAACAGAGAGAUCCCUUUGCAGUGCAGAAGGACAUUGACAGUGAAACCCCAGAACCGUCAGACUGGGACAGAUAUGCAGCUGAAGAGUAUGAGAUCCUGGUUGCAGAGGAAUCUGCCACAGAACACUUACAAGAGGGGUCUUUUGAAGAUGACUAUGAAGGCGAUGAAAUCAUCUUUGCUCCGGAAAUAAACAAUAAGAUGGAUAAAUUGGUUAUCUCAGACCUCACGGCAUGAGGGUGCCCGCACACCCUCCGCUGGACAAUCAGACUGACCAGUAUUUAUGGACUGAUCCCUGGUCACAAGGAGACUUUUCAGGGGAAAUAAUAUAUAAAUAUAUUUUUUAUGAUUAUUUUGUGAAAAAGAAUUGCGUUGUUUUUUAAAACACUAUACGGCAUAAUUCUGCUUUUAUUUACUGCGUUGUGUGUGGGAGUGCACAAAUUAGCCGGCCAACGAACAAAAAGCCGUUUAUGUGCAAUAUGUCUUAAACUGUGCAUUAGAGAACAGAAGUGUCCUGUUAGUAGUUACCCUACCUUAUAUCUGUACACUGCCAUGGAGGUUUAUAUCAGGAACUGCCCCCCAAAAACAUUGACCGAACCAUAGUUCAUCUCAAGAAAUUGAGUAUCCUCAUAAUAUAAAUUAUUUACCUUUUUUUUCUUUUGGGGGUGGGGGGGUGGGGGGGGUGAAAUCCAAAUAUUUAUAUUUAUUAUCCUAAAGUUUAAUUAGUCCUUAUUAUGCGUAUAAUUCACAAUUAUUUUUACAUUCUGUAUAUAUGUACAAAACCUGAAUCUAUUGUGUAAAAAUUAAAUGAUGGGGAUUAUUGAGGAUCGCCAAGGCUGGCAGAGCAUUCUGGGACUAGUAGUUAAGUGCUGAAGAGUCAUUGGCUGUGUAUCCCUAUUAACCCUUCAGGUGAUGCACGCAUAUUAAUGUGGCUUAUUAUAAGAUGCAUACAUUUAAAAGACCAGCUUUACCAUGUAUAUAGGCAUACGUUAUCUGCUUUAUCAUUUUACUAUGUUUACUCUGUGCAGUCGCAAUGAGUCUGCACUGCCCCACGUGCUGAUUGCCGGGAGUCCUCUCUGGAUGACCUGUCUAUCAGCCGAUGCUCUGACAUUGAGCUCUCACUCGCUUUUCUGUUUUCACACCUUAUUAACUAAAAUAGAGCCAGGUCUGGUAAUGUGACCAACACCUACAAAAUGUUAGCAGCAUGUUGUAUUUCUUAGUAAGCUUUAUUGGUAAAAACGCAACCCAUGGAACGUGUGUUCCAAGCACAUUACCCCACCAUGCUGCAGCGAUUACCCACUUUCCCAGCACAUUACCUGUGUCCCAUGUGUUGCUGAGCACUAUGGUAACUGCGCAUGCAGAACAUCAGAGGCAUCUGUUAGUUUCCCAUUUCCCCAUGCACUUGGAAGCGUUCAGAAUGCCACCAUUGCAAGCCUUUAACCAAUCCGAAGACUUUUCCUGGGCCUAUAAAAGGUUUGUUGCCUUUUAGACAAUCUGACUUAUUAUACCCAGAAGACAGCUGUGUAGCUCACAUGGUAGCCAUACAGUAGCUGCUGGCUUACGGUAGCAAAUUCCAUCUGCAUCACCUCUAUGCAUAUAAUCACAACUUAUUUCCGCUCUAUGGGGGUCAUUCCGAGUUGAUCGCUAGCUGCUUUCGGUCGCUGUGCAGCGAUGAGGCAAAAAAAACGGCACUUCUGCGCAUGCAGCGCAAUGCGCACGCGCGAUGUACUAUUACAACGAACGAUGUAGUUUCACACAGGGUCUAGCGAAGCUUUUCAAUCACAAUGCUGGCCGCAGAGAGAUUGACUUGAAGUGGGCGUUUCUGGGUGUAAACUGACUGUUUUCAGGGAGUGUUCAGAAAAACGCAGGCGUGACAGAAAAAACGCAGGCGUGGCUGGGCGAACGCAGGGCGUGUUUGUGACGUCAGAACAGGAACUGAACAGUCUGAAGUGAUCGCACGCGCUGAGUAGGUUUUGAGCUAGCCGUUCUGCGAUCCUUUCGUUCGCACUUCUGCUAAGCUAAGCCAGUGGGAGGCGGCAUAGCGUUUGCACGGCUGAUAAAAACGGCUAGCGAGCGAACAACUUGGAAUGACCACCUAUGUUCUCUCUGGGUUGAGUUGUGUGGAAAUAAGAAUUAAAAGCAUAUCUCUACUGCAGUCAUAGGCUACUGUUCAGUGCAACCCUGCAGUAGAGAACGUAUUGAUUUCGACGCUUCCAAUUACGGGCCACUCACCUUAGAGAUUGUAGUGUCCCAUAAUGCUCAGCCGCUCAGUGAUUUCUCUGUGUCAUCUGGAGAAUACUGCCUCCUUGGGUACCAGGCACUGAUAGGGUAUGUUAUGAUUUGUAUAUUGCCAGCUCUAACCUGAGAACCUCUCUCUAUGGGGUAUAUUUACUAAGGUGUGAGUCUUUUAGAAGUGGAGAUGUUGCCCAUAGCAACCAAUCAGAUUCCACUUACCAUUUACCUUGCUGCUUCUAGAAGAUAAUAGCUAGAAUCUGGUUGCUAUGGGCAACAUCUCCACUACUAGAAAACACACACCUUAGUAAAUAUACCCCUAUGUGUCUGCCUUAUCUGCUAUUUCCAGUGUUUUUAUCUCUUUCCAACGUUUUGCCUCUCUUCAAGGUUUCCUAGCAUGUGCCUUCACUAUUUGUGGUCAAGUCUAUAAAUUCAGAGUUUUACUUUUGUAAGUAUUGUAUAUAUUAAAAAAAAACAGUGAGUGGAACCAAAA